AUGAAGCUAGUGCCUAGGUUUAGACGGCACCUAUCUCAAUAUACAAAUGUAACUGCCCAAAGUAUAUCAGACAUCGAUAAUACAAAUUUUAUAAAUCCCAAUGGGAAUUUUCGCAUUAAUAUCAAAAAUGAAGUUAACAAAUUGCUACAGAAUCCGCAAUUAAACGAUAAUCUGUUCCGAUUCUGUGUCACAGCUAAUACAUGUGCCGUAUCUUCACAACUAAGAAUAUUUCUAUCCAAUUUAGUGCCAAAAAAUGUAGACCUGAAAUUUACAAAUUCAAAGUCCAUUUUACAACACCAAAAAUUUACUGUGAUAUUCGUGUUAAAAUCCCUUUCAAGAUUGCCAUCUCUAGUUUACACCAACAACAGGUAUGAAGACAAUACUAGCGAUCAGGAUUUAUCACUUGUAAAAUUGCUUUCCCUGAACGACAUUUUCAAGCUAUCGGUACAAUCAUUGGCUUCUAGAUAUAAGGGUAGGAUAGAAGAGCAUGCAAGGGAGGUGUCAGAAAUAUUCGACUCUCUAAUUGAUACUUGUAAAUUUGUCUCCAGACACAAUUUAUCACACAUAUAUUCAUACUUAAACAACACAAUAUCAUCAUUUGCCACCAACAUUUCUAAUGACUUAGUUGCAGAAUUUAGUGAUAAAAAACGCAAUUUAUAUCCACUGAUAUUUAGUAUUGGCAAAUUCUUAGAAAUUCAUGGUAUAAAGAACAAGGAGUUAUAUGACAUAAUAUACCAUUCCAUUUGUAAUCCCGACAAGUGGAUUCACAUGGAUUACUCUAGGUCAAAUUAUCAAAAAUUCCUAUUAGACUCAAUUACUAAAUUAUUACAAUUUAAGUUGCCCCAAGACAAUAUUGACAAAAUUACGCACUAUUUGCUAGUGUCUGAUAUAUUGCCUAUUAACUGUUGGUCUACGCUAUUCCUUUAUCUAACAAGAUUCAGUUUCAAGAAGACUACAUUAGAUCUUGCCCUGAUGACUUUCGUCAGGAAGUACAAAUAUUGUAAGUUUCCAGCAAAGACUAACACUGAUUCUGCAAUAAAUAAUAGUGGUGAAAUUGAAUAUAUACCCUCAGUCACUAGCCUAGUAAAAUCUAUUGAUUUGACCAGUAAUAAUGUAUACUAUAACAUCGAUGCUACUAGAACCUGCCACGAUAAAACUUAUACUCAAGUCAUUGGCUUGGAAACUGAUUAUACUUAUGACAUAAUUUGUGGUAUAACAAAUAUCAAGAAACGAAUUAAACUUGAUGAUGCUACUAUUUCAUAUAUUGAUGAAGUUCUUGAACUACUUUGGCCCCGUGUAAACCAAUUCCUACCAACUUAUUCAUUAUUACAGUUAAAACCCAUAGCCACGUCGUAUAUUGAUUUGAUAACCAAUCAUAUAACUUCAUUCUCCGAUAUAGGCUAUUCUACUAAACAACGUAAUAUUGUAAACUCUAUAGCUGCAGAAUUGCUGAAAUUUGCUCCAACGUUCACCCUCCCAGAUUACAUACAAUGCGCAGAUAUAUUUUCAAGGUUGCAUUGUAACAUUGCGUAUAAUGAUGAACCUUCUGUGGGCGGAUUUGUCGCAAAUCAAUUAGCAAUUGAUGCUAUUAAUGGGGUUUUCGAUGAAAAUAUCUCUGGAAUGACUGCGCAAGAACAGAUAUUUACACUUGAUUUCCCCAGCUGUGUAAAACUGUCUCUGCAUUUAUUUAAAGUGAAACAAUCCGAUACAAUUGCGCACAUUGGAAUUGAUAAAAUUAAUGAAUUGACCAUACUUUUAAAGGAAAGAAUAAUCACCUGUGUAAGUUCCAUGAACCAAGACCAUUGGAACGCAAAUUCCUACUCUAUAGUUUUGUUAAAUAUGAUAUCAUCGAAAUUCAAGGGUAUUACCCAGUUUAUGGAAACAUUGGAUGGCGUAGCUAGGUGCGUAAAAAUUCUUUCAGUUUAUCAUAAAAUUGACAUUCUAAGAAUAACUACUGGUCAAUGUGUGAAUGAAGAUUUUGUAUCUGUAUUAAUUGAGGAAUUACGGCAAGAUGUAUCUAAUUCUCAAAACAAAUUGCAACUGUUCAAGUGUAUUAUAGUACUCAAAAGGUUGAUUGAGACGGUUGAUCAUAAUUAUAUGAACACCUUUCUACUAUAUGCUACACCAAAUAUUUAUCACGGCGAGUUUAUAGGCGAAUUGUUAGACAUAUCAACAAAAAUUGAGCCUACAGAUGAUAUAUCCAAACAAUUUAUAAUAGCCACGCUUAUAAGCGCAUCUAAUAAGCAACUAACCAUUUCUCAAUUAAGAGAUUACCUAAAGUGUUGUAGGCUGAUUGGUCACAAAUUUGACAAUAGCAAGUGUAUGGAUGUUCCCCUUUACAAUGCCAAUAUACAGCAAAUAGAAUCAAUUCUUUCAGAAAUAACUCGAUCGAGAAUUUGCGAUGUUAAGGCAAUUAAGCGUUUGGUUGAUUGGUCAAUCCAUUUACACUCAUCAGAAGAUUCAAAUACAAACAAUUCAUCAAUUUGCGUUGCGUUAAACUGUUUUGCUAAGAUUCUAUCUCAUUUGUCAUUUUUUAACAUCACAAAUAGCAAACUAAUUGGCCUAUCACUGUCACUAAUUGACAAAUAUCACAAUGAUUAUCAGUCACAAAUAAUAUCUAUGCUUAAUUCGUUGCUAAAAUUUGACCAAUACCCGAAUAAUUUUGAGGAAAUAUUUACAAACCUACUGGUCUAUACAAAUAACACUGAUAAUUUAUCAAGUGAUACUUACAGGCAACUAUAUGAAAUUUAUAUACAAUCAUUACCAACGGAUAAAUCCCUCCACCAGAAUUUAGAAUCUAAGCAAUUAAUAGAACUGUUGAACGGAUUGCCCUCAUACCAUUGGUUUAAGGAUCAGGAGAUGGUUGCUAAUGAGUUUAAAAACACAACAAUGUAUAGUGUUUUCUUUGAUGCGAUCUGUGAAAUAACAGGUAUUAAACCCACGCCUUGUGCAAUAAAUCCCUAUUUUGUGCACUACCUUUUUGAAGAUACGCAUCAUUCGAAGUAUAAUAACUUGGUAAUUUUGCUUAUAACGCCGUCAGAUAAAAUCUAUGAUGGCAACGAAUUAUGUGGAGAUGCGUUGUUAAGGGUAAAAUAUUUGAAAAAAUUGGGAUACAAAGUAGUAACGGUUGAUUCUUGCAUAUUGAAUAGUACUGAUUUAAAGAGUAAAUUGGAUAAAAUGCUAUAA